AUGUCGUUCAUGUUACCGGCGUAUUGUUCCAGCGACGACGGAGGGACAACCAUCGUCAUCGUGCCGUUGGUAGCAUUGCGAGAUGAUUUGCACGGCCGUUGUGCCAGAAACCAGAUCGCGACAUACGUUUGGAACAGUCGCGGCGGGCACCAGAUCACCCCCAUCGUGUUCGUCACGCCCGAGUCGGCAGUGACAAAAGGGUUCGGCGAUUUUGUGAACCGGUUGCAGGCACGGAAAGCGUUGGAUCGUGUCGUUGUGGAUGAGUGCCACGCCAUUUUGGACAGUACCAGCCAAUUCCGGCCGCAGUUGAUGGAGUUGGGCCGGGUGUUAAACGAAUGGGGCGUCCAAAAGGUAUUUUUGACGGCCACGUUGCCACCAGAUGAGAUUGGGAGGUUUUUCGAGGUCGUGGGGUUAUCAGCCAGCCGUGUAAAGGUAUUCCGAUCACGAACGACGAGGCCGAAUAUCGGGUAUAGGGUAGUGGUUGUUCGAUCAGCCAAGCGCAGAGAUCACCACAAGCAGCAGCAGCAGCAGCAGCAGCAGCAGAAUACCAGUCAGACCGGUAGCGGCGAGGUUGGGGCAGACCAAGAGGCGGAAGACAGCCGCGUGGUCAAGAUCGUGCAGGAUUGGUUACACAGAAACAGCCAAGGUCGCGUCAUCGUUUACGCCAACACCAUCGACCGGGUUGAACGAUUGGGGCGAUUAUUGGAGUGCAGCGUGUUUCAUUCCAAGUCGACACAGCAGCGGGCAAGACGCAGCGAUUGA